AUGUCAUUAUCCACCCCCCACGAUCAUCAUAUCCUUACUAUCAAGUACAGAGUACAUACGGAAUCCCCAACUAUCAAUUUUCCGAAGCGGGUUGAGGACGAUCAAUACAACGGUUUAACUGUUAAACCGGCGACUACGAGCCGCCUCUACUCUAUAGACUUAAAAGCACGACCGGUCGGACGGAACGGGGGUUUUGAUGUGACAUACAGCAUGCAGACAAAAUCCCUUCCUCCUUAA